AUGGCCCCUCCACGUCAACGCACCGCCGCCGUAGCGGACGACUCUCGCUCUGAAGCUUCCAGCGGCACACGCGAGUACAGAACAACCGCAACAAAAGGCCGUAAGGCUGCCGUGAAGGAAAAACCUCCUGUGACCUCUGCUCCCAUCCAAGAACAACCAGAGGACCAACCAAGAGUCCCUUGGUCUGAUCUUCCCCUCGAAAUCCUCCACGCCUACCGCCACGUCCACAAACUCCACACCCCGAGCGCCUUUUCAAACGAUUACUCCAGAAUAGUCCUAACACAAGGCAUCGGCCUCCGCUCUCCCACAGCUCUAGCUGCUCGCCGUGCCCAAUCCUCUCAGUCACAUUCACAUUCCAAUGUCCACCCGGCCAGUCGCACCCGCCACACAACGACCUCGCACGCUGACAGCGGCAGUAGCAGCGGUAGCGGCAAUAGCAACGCGAGCGAGCAUGGCACCUCUCUACACCGGAUAAACGGCCAAGACCGCGUGAGCAAAGACAAGUUCUCGCUCGUAGUGCGCAAGCACUUUAAUAGCGCGGGCUUGUCGGAGCAAGAGAGUAUUGCCCGGUUUCUGUAUACCGUUCGUGAAGAGCGGCGAGGUCAUCAAUUUAGGUUACGGUUUCAGCCGUAG